AUGGCUCAGAAUCAGCAACCAAUCUUUCAGACAAAGCCACCAGAACAUUUUGUGCAGAUUCCAAUAAAUCCCAUAAACAUCGAGCGUGAUUCAACCACACUCAUAAACCAAACCGGAAACAGAAAACCAAACCACUGGCCAACGAUUAUCAUCUCAAUCAUCUUCGUCAUCGUCGGUCAAUCAAUAGCCAGGCUCCUCGAAAACUUCUACUACGACCAAAUCAACCGCAGCGGCUACGACGAGAACCGUCAAAACGACGGCGUUUGGACUCAGUCUCUCCUCCAAUCCGUCGGAUUCCCUCUCCUCAUCCUCCCUUUCAUCAUCCUCACCAAGAAACACAACCGACAACAACCUCCGAUCACUUCCGAUCAAUCCCACUACAAAUCCCUCGCCGUAAUCUACAUCUGCAUCGGAAUCCUCAUCCCGGCUCAAGGAAGACUCUCCGCGAUGGGAAGGCUCGAGAUUCCAUUUGACCGUUUCACUCUCAUCUACACGACGCAGCUCAUCUUCACUCCGAUCUUCGGCCGUUUGUUCAACAAAACCAAAUUCAACCGAUGGAUGGUGAUCUCCUUGAUUCUCGCGAUCGUCACCGGAGCUCUCACUUUAUCUUCCGCAUUCGGCGGCGAGCCAGACGAAGCGGAGAUCAAUUACGGACGAGGCUCGUGGGCGGCUCUGUUCUCCGGGAUCUGCUUCUCUCUCCUCCUCUGCAACUUCCAAAACGUCUUGGACAAUUACAUCUACAAACGCACCGAAUCGACCACCAGAAAACCAAGCUUCGCCUCCGUCUUCGAGAUCAUAAUCUUCUCCUCCAUCGCCGCGUCGAUCAUCUCCGCCGUGGGUCUGCUGAUCGCCGGGGAGCAGCACGAGCUGAGGAGAGAGAUGAAUGGGUUCUCCAAGGGGAAAGGCUCGUACGUGAUGACCAUGGUGGGUCAAGCCGUUUCGUGGCAGGUCUACUGGGUCGGGAUCGUGGGGCUCGUCUUCUCCGUCUCGAACGUGCUGUCGCACGUGAUCAGCGUCAUCACGUGGCCGAUCGUGUCGGUGCUUGUGGUGAUCUUCUUCAAUUUCAUGGACGAUGAGCUCGAUGUCUUCAAAGGUGUCGCAUUGAUCACUGCCGCUUUAAGCGCCGCCGCUUAUUUCUUUAGGCUUCACAAAGAGAAUCGUGACAGUACGUUUUAA